AUGCCAUUUAGAUUCCCAGUUAAAUUUGACAUACCUAAGCAUGCACAUAUUAAUGCUAGAGUGCUUAGAGAUCACUUCAAAAGAUUACAAGUUGCUGAACAUGAAGUGACUAGAAACGCUUUGAAAUAUAUUGCAAGAAAUGAAGAGUUACCAGCAAGAGCCAGAGUUGAAGCCCAAUUACAGUUAGCUUCCAUGCCAAAAUAUACCUGUCGAGUUCAAGUUAGAGAUAGAUGUAUUGCCAGUGGAAACUCUAAGUCUGUUAUUCAUGAUUUCAAAUUGAACAGAACUGAGUUUAGAAAUAGAGCUAGAGCUGGAUUAAUCCCAGGUGUCAAAGUCGCUUCUUGGUAG